CAGCUUUGACUGUUCCAUCUUGUCCCUCCUUUCCAAAUGUGUUUUAUUGUUUCUUUCAUUAAUACACUGCCUCAUUUUUUUGUUUUUUCCCCAUGCUCCCAGCCUCAGAUUUCCUUGUUUCACCUCUUCAACUACGUAGUAGUGCUCAUCCACCGUUUCCUCUCCUUAAAUUUAUCAUCCUUUUCCUGCUUUACUCAUCCCCAACACUGACCCAAUUAAGCUUGGGAGGGACACAGAAAGUGGCGGAGUGACGGAGACGAGGCACAGAGCGGAGAGACUUUUAGAGUCAGAAUUUGGAAAAUCAGAGAGUCUGACAACAAUUGCCACCAACCUGUCAGGACCCACACAGUAAAUUGCUCGAACUUCACCUGGAAGCUAAGACACCGUUGAUAGGUUCGCCGGAGGCGGAGGAGCGUGUCGGCAUCCCUGCUGGCUUUUACUUUCUGCUCAGGAAGAAGAAAGAAGGAGAAUAAUAAUCCAUUUUCAGUGAAAAAUACAGAGGGUGGGGAACCGUGCAUAGUUAGGAUGUCUGGACACCGGCACGUAGAGGGGGACUGAGAGACUAGGACAGCGCAUUCCUGCUUGGAACCUGAGGGAAGCGGGGGGUGUCCGAAUGUGGUCCUCGUCCCCCGCAAGGCAAGAGGAAGAUUUGUGUGAACAGGAACAUAGGGAGAGGAAGAGAGGAAAGGAUGCAUCUGUUCUUCAGAGACAAGUGGGAGGUGGAGGGGCUGCAGACUGUAGGCAUCCUCCUGGUGGUCUGCAGUUCCCUCAAACUGAUGCACUUUCUGGGGCUUAUCGACAUCUCUGUGGCAGACAGCGUUGAAGAUGACUUUGAGUUGUCCACUGUGUGCCAUCGGCCUGAGAGCAUGGACAAGCUGGAGGAGCAGACAAAGUUCACCAAAAAGGAGUUGCAAGUCCUCUACAGGGGCUUCAAAAAUGAGUGUCCGAGCGGAGUGGUGAAUGAGGAGAACUUUAAAAACAUUUACUCCCAGUUCUUUCCUCAGGGAGAUUCGAGUAUGUAUGCACAUUUCCUGUUUGAAGCCUUCGACACCAACAAGAACGGCUCGGUUAGUUUCGAGGACUUUGUUUUUGGUCUGUCCAUCAUCCUGAGAGGAACGAUUAAUGACCGGCUAAACUGGGCGUUUAACCUCUACGACCUGAACAAGGAUGGCUGCAUCACCAAAGAGGAGAUGCUGGACAUCAUGAAGUCUAUCUAUGACAUGAUGGGAAAAUACACGUACCCCACCAUGAUGGACGACGCUCCGAGAGAACACGUGGAGAGCUUCUUUCAGAAAAUGGACCAGAAUAGAGACGGGGUGGUCACCAUAGAUGAGUUUAUUGAUUCGUGUAAAAAGGACGAGAACAUCAUGCAGUCCAUGCAGCUGUUUGACAAUGUCAUCUAAGGAUCUGGACCAGUGAGGAUAAUGGCACCAGGGAGGGGAGUGUAUCGGUGAAAAAAGGCCUCCGGACUGAAGAGACAGAGAGAGUUUGUGGAUGUCUGUGUGUCUGUGUGUGUGGCUGAGUGGCAUACUGGUCUGAGCUUGUCAUCGCUAAGAACUGUGAAUCCUUGGGCAAAGAUAGACCAUCACCCUCCUCCUGGACCUUUAGUGGCAUUUCUUCCAGCAACAAUGGAGUUUUCAUGACUCCCAGGCUAAUCAUGAAGAACCUUACUUAGUUUUAUUCCUUGAGCACAGACAAAGAAGGCUUGCAGUGGACUUAACAGCAGCUAGCACACCCUCGGCUGUUUUAUUUGACUUUUUACCGUCACCAUCGGUCAGCUAUCACCGCCUUGGACUCAAGACGGAUCAAGAAUUCCCUUCAAACCUUGAUCUGGAAUGACUUUCUCCCGCUUCCCUGUCAUGUUCGAUGUUUGGAAUAGCGAUUCUGAUCGUUGCCUCUGUUGCGGGAACGCUUCCCCGGAGCUCAGGGGAGACAUGGCAAUGAGUCUGUGGCCACCUGCUGGACGUAACGGAGAAAGACACUUCCUGAUGGAGCGACCAAAAGGUGAUCCGAGGUUGGAAGCGGUGGGUGGGGGAAAAAAAGUGAUUUCAGUAUCGCAUGAUGAUGUCACUAAUAUCUAGGUACAUAUUUAAAGAGAUACUCCAAAGUCUGCUCGUCUGUCUGCUGUUCCUAGUCAUUCACAGGUGCCUCACCCGGUGUACGUGUGUGUGUGUGUGUGUGCAUGUGCAUCAGGAAGACAUGCUGUCUGUCUUACAGAUGAGUCCCAGAUGAGUGGGUCAGCACCCACGUUUAUUCGAGGGGUUUAGACUAAUUCCUGGCCUUCCAAACUAUUCCAGUCCUAGCAGUAGUUGUCUGAUGACUGUUGUAACGUCUUUAGCAUUCCCAUUGGAAUGAUGUUAGCCAGUGCAAUGUGGGAAUAGCACUAUAGUUGAUCAGCUUUUGACCAGUCAAACCAUGUCAGUAUAGGACUUUAAACCACCGUCAUCAUACCAGGCUUUCAGAUAUCAUUAUAGGGGGAAAAAAAAAAUCUAUAUAUUCAGAAGGGUAUGUGUGAAAUUAUCUGAAAUGUCAUGUGGUUGUAGCAGGUUCUACCACUAAUAAAAACAUAUAUUUAUUUUAAAAAUAAGAGGUAUAACAUAAGGUAUAUGGAUGCAUUUUUUUCCCCAUGUGAGCAAAUUUUCCCUUCUUUUUUUUUAAUAAUCCAUAUCUCUCUCACCAAAGAGGAAAUAUUAGCAGUGCAUAAGGCUAGGGGAUACAAGGAGACAGUUUUUGAGACAAAAAGCACUCGGAGACAAAGGUAUGCGUCUUUUCCUGCUCACUGUUUUUGGUGUAAUUCAAGGUUGUGAACCCGCAUGAUAAGAUGUUUUAUUUCUUUAAAGAAAAACAUGUGCAGCGCCCGUAUAAUUUGCCUCUUUUUAUACCAGAGCAUCACUGAACUGAAUUUCACCAGAGGCACUGAAACAUGAAUUAAUUUUAUUUCAGAGAGACUAACAUGGAAUAGCAAUAAUGUUCUCCGCCACAGUACCUUUCCAUUUCCACCCAAUCACUCAUUUCCCUCGCAGCACAAAACAGAAGUCAACUGCAUUUUUUUUAAAUUAUUGUUUUCUUUUAAACAUUCUUAACCCUGCUUAGUUUACGUUUUCGGUAUUUGUUUUCACCAGAAAAGUGUUUCAGCUCAGUUUUUAGGUUCCUGACUACAGUAAAAACCCGUCUAUACCCGCAUGUACUGUGUCCCGAACAAAGUUACCAACAUGUCGUGAUGAUUGUCUGGUUAGCUAUUUGCUGGUUGCAUUACAUAUUCAAAAUGUGUAUGUUUUGUACAGAGACAAUAAAAAUCACAGUUACUAUGCAAAACGGGCUGAAAUGUGAA